GCUCCCAACUAGGGUUGCCAGUUUGGGAUGGACGUAUUCCUGGAGGUUUCAUCACAUUGACAUGAUCUUUAAUUAAAGAGUCAUCUUUAAUUCCCGGAGACUCCGGGACAAUCGGGUUGGCAAAAUUGUCCCCAAGCCCAUUGACCUUCAUUGGGACCUUGGUUCCUGCUUCCUCUGGCGCUGCUGAGCCCUGGUGAUGUCUGCGCUGCGGUUGCGAGGGGUCAUCCCCAGCCCGGAGUUUGUAAGGAGCUUCACACUUUUCUGGAGCCUUUCAGCACUCAAAAGGAACAUUACAGUUUAUGAUUGGGAUGCUGCAUAUGAAAGUGAAUUACAGAUUUUUCAGGAGAGUGGAGAUGCUGGGGAAAUUUGGUUUGGAGAAGAAAGCAUGAUUCGUUUAAUCAGAUGGAUGGAAAAACAAAAGAUCCCUCUGGACAGCUCUGUGCUUGACAUUGGAACUGGAAAUGGUGUUUUACUUGUUGAAUUGGCAAAAUGUGGUUACACUAAUCUCACUGGAAUUGAUUACUCUCCUUCUGCAAUACAACUUUCUCAAAAUAUAAUAGAGAAAGAAGGGCUGUCUAAUAUUAAAUUGCAGGUAAAAGACUUCUUGACUCCAUCAGCUGAGCUAUCAGGAUUUCAGAUUUGUAUUGACAAGGGAACCUUUGAUGCCAUAAGCCUUAAUCCUGACAAUGCAGCUGAGAAGAGGAAGCAGUAUGUGAAAUCACUCUGCACGGUGUUGAAAAUGGAAGGCUUUUUCCUCAUAACCUCUUGUAAUUGGACCAAAGAGGAGCUGCUAAAUGAGUUCAGGGAAGGAUUUGAAAUUCUGGAGGAGUUGCCAACACCCAAGUUCUGCUUUGGAGGGAGAAUUGGAAACAGUGUAACAGCCUUGGUUUUCCAAAGAAAAAAAUAAGGCCAUUCAUCUUGGACAAAUUAGAUUAGCUGAGAAAAGAAAAGUCUUCACUUCAAAGUAAACCUGUUGCAAAGGAGAGAGAGAGAGGAAAACCCCCCAGCAUCUGUGUAAAUAACUGUUCACUGAGUACACAAUAAAACACAGUGCAUGUGCUGAACUGCAAUGGGCCUCCAUAAAAUUCAGGGCAAGUUAUAUAUAACUGAAAUGUUUCUAGGGUAAAUUCUGCUCUUGUGCUGUUCUCUUUGUUAUAGCUUCAUUUAUUUCAACAAAAUUGUGUGGGUGUAAGAGGGAAAAUAGUGGCA